UAAAAACAUUUCUCAAAUACGCUUGUUAGUAAUAUAAUUUUAUUUCCAUGAUUCAAUUCUAAUUCUAAUAACAAUAUUCAAACCAUGACGAUGCAUAAAUUUGGAAAAUUCUCUUUUUCUAUAUUUUGGACAUUAAUAAAACUAUUGAUCGUGCUUUGUAUUGUCAAUGUGGUCACUGGUCGUCUUAAAAAUAAGUCUAUUAAAGUUACGCGCAUGUCCUCUACUGUUUUGACUACAGCAGCCAAAACAAUCGAACAGAGUACAGUUACAACAACCACAGACCCACCUUCAACUUUUUACCCCGACAUAACUCCCUCCCCAGUUCCCACAAUUUUCACUCGCGCCAACUCUUUUGCCGCCAAAAUUAACGCCUUUGCGCUUAAUAUUCUAUCGACGCUCGUGCAUUCUACAUCCGUUACUGAAGUUACCAACGAAAUUGACGGCGUCCAUUCAACACCCUCUUUAUCAAACUACUCCACAUCAAAUGUUUUCCCAAAUGGCGCUACAUUCAAAUCUGGGCUUGUCGUUCAAUCUAAUUUAGCAUUCUCUCCCACUAGCUUGGCUACUGUCCUGAUUAUGAUUUAUUUAGGCAGUGGGGGUACCACUAGCACUGAGAUAACACGCUUGCUAGGGCUUUCUAGGUUCAGUCGCAAGGAUUUUGACGGCUUCCCAGUGUUUCUUUCGGGUCUUAACACUAUUCGUUCUCUCGGGAAUGUGGUAUUGAACGCUCAAAGACUGGUUGUUCAAUCCAACAUUAUCGAUGAUGGAGUCCACUUUGAAGUAAAUCCAUUUUACUUGAGUUCCCUAAAACAAAAUUAUAAGGCCGACCUAACGAGAGCCAAUUUUGUAAACGAUUCUGUCAAAGUGGCCCGCGAAAUCAACGAAUGGGUUGCAAACAUGACUCAGGGUCAUAUUAGUGAAAUAUUGAGAGCGGAAUCACUACAUUCUUUUACACGAAUGCUCAUUCUUGACAUUACUUAUUUUCAUGGUGAAUGGGAGAAAGCGUUCGAUGGUUCAAGCACUAGCUUAGAAAAAUUUUACGUACAUGCUAACAAGACUAUCGAAGUUAGUAUGAUGAAGCGCAAAGGUAAAUACAAGUCGGGGUACCUGCAGAGCAUUAGCGCUCAAUUCUUGGAAAUUCCUUUUAAAAACUUUGAACUGAGUUUCUACAUAAUGCUUCCCGAUCAUUACAACGGUCAGAACCUGAGCUCCCUGAUCGAAAAGCUCGACAUUUUUCAACUCAACCUUAUGCUUCAAAAUAUUCCCACUUUUGAUACCAGGAUAGAGGUCCCAAAAUUUUCUAUUUCUAGUAAUUUAGACAUGAAGAUUCCAUUUAAACGCUUGGGUCUAUCAGCUCUCUUUGACUCUGAUAAGGCUAAUUUGUCAAUGAUGAUAACGAAUUCUAGCUCUCCUUUAUUUGUAUCCGAGUUCAAACAUAAAGUUUCUUUUAGUGUGGAUGAACGAGGAGCUAAGGGUGCGGCCGUGUCUCAGGCAAUAAUAGAAGCUCGAAGUUCAAUCGAAGAUGAGUUUAUUGCUAACAGACCUUUUCUUUUCAUAGUAGUAGACAAUAGAGUAUUAUCGAUCUUAUUUUUAGGCAUUAUAAAUACUCCAAAUCCGGCCAAGGACUAGAGCCAAGAUAUAUAUGAUGUGGAUUAAAAUUUAAAUUCUCAAAUUUGUGAUUUUUAAAAAUAUAUACCAUUUUUUAAGGAUAUAUCAUUUUUUUAACCAUAUUUACAAUAUAUUCUUGCUUUAAAAGACAUUUUUUUAUAUAAGUAUUUUUUUUAAACACCAUUAUUACGUGAACCAUAUAACCAUCUGUAUAACACGUAAAUAAUCAUGAGUUCAUCAAAUAACGUAACUUUGUACAUUUUUAUAUUAUACAAAAUUAUUCAUGUUUUUUAAUUAUAAUAAUAUACCAUUUUUAUUAUGACUCUUAAUUUGAAAAUAAAGAUAUUUAGGAUUUUUAAGGAAAAU